UGAAUGGGGCAUGGUAACAAUGUCACAGAAUUUGUCCUCCUGGGCCUCACUCAGGAUCCCAGUGCACAAAAAGCAUUAUUUGUCAUGGUUUUACUCAUCUACACUGUGACAAUGCUGGGCAACCUGCUUAUCCUGGUGACUGUCCUUGCCAGCCCUUCCUUGGACUCCCCAAUGUACUUCUUCCUUGCCAACCUUUCACUCCUAGAUGCUGUGUAUUCCACUGUCUUCUCACCCAAGUUGCUGAUGAAUCUGCUCAGUGAUAGAAAGACCAUUUCCUUCCCAGCCUGCAUGGGCCAGAUCUUUACAGAGCACCUAUUUGCUGCUGCUGAGAUCUUCCUUCUGAUGGCAAUGGCCUAUGACCGCUAUGUGGCCAUCUGUAAGCCUCUGCACUAUUUGACCAUCAUGAACCAACGGGUUUGCAUCCUUUUGUUAGUAGUGUCCUGGGCUGGAGGUUUUACACACUCUCUGAUUCAACUUGUGUUUGUGUAUAAUCUCCCCUUCUGUGGCCCCAAUGCCAUUGAUCACUUUGUCUGUGACAUGUACCCAUUGCUGGAGCUUGCAUGCUCUGACACUGAACUUAUUGGCCUCUCUGUAGCCGCCAAUAGUGGAGCCAUGUGUACAAUGGUCUUCAUACUCCUCCUUAUCUCCUAUGGAAUCAUCCUAAACUCCCUUAAAACUCACAGUCAGGCAGGGAGGCGCAAGGCCCUUUCUACCUGCAUCUCUCACAUCACUGUGGUUGUCCUCUUUUUCAUUCCCUGUAUUGUCAUGUAUGUUAGACCUGUCUCCAACUUUCCCUUUGAUAAAUUCAUAGCCAUUUUUUAUACCCUGGUUACUCCUAUGUUAAAUCCUUUAAUAUACACUUUGAGAAAUUCAGAGAUAAGGAACUAUAUCAAGUGGCUUACAGGUUUUCAGCUUUCAGUAAAAGUCAGUGGAGACCUUGAUUAA